AUGCGAUUGACGUCAAUUCUUCUUCUCGCUGCGACAGUAUCUUCUCUCCUUGCGGGCGACUGCACAGCACAGACAACGACAAAACUGUCAGUCACGGCGAUGAUGCUCCCUGAACAGACAUACCCCACAAAUGCUGGAAACACCGUCGAAGGCAAACGGUUUCUGCGCAGUCAUAAAGUCGCGGUGUCUUCGGAAGAUGUCGACGUCAAAGAAACUGCUGACGAAGAAGAAAGAUUGAGUGGUCAGAAAAUCGAUGACUUAAUGGCCGGUACAGCCGCCACUUAG